CUGGUUGAGACUUCCAGCUCCUCCCACCAGCCCAGCUCAGGAAAUCUGUUGGCUCACAGCCCAGACUAAGUAAGCACUUUCAGUUUCACAUUCCUCUAAACUCUUGCUGUUCUUGUUAUGAUUUGUUCACAGGAGAAAAUCCACAGGGCAUUCAGGAGGAAAUAAAAGGCCAGCCCCUGUGACAGAGAAUGGAGAAGCCAUUCCAUCCACUCUGAGGACAAAGCUCAGACAACUGACACCCCUCAACAUGGACUCCGAGUUGCAAAUGCCAGCCCCUGUGUGCCUCAUCAAGAAUGCAGAAGGGAAACUGAUGACUAAUGAGGAAGCUCUGAGGAUUCUAUCAACCAUCUCACAGCCUGUGGUGGUGGUAGCUAUCGUGGGCCUCUACCGCACAGGCAAAUCCUACCUGAUGAACAAACUGGCUGGGAAGAAAAAAGGCUUCUCUCUGGGUGCCUCAGUCCAGUCCCACACCAAAGGAAUCUGGAUGUGGUGUGUGCCUCAUCCCAUAAAGCCAAAACACACCCUAGUUCUGCUUGAUACUGAGGGCCUGGGAGAUGUUGAGAAAGGUGACAACCAGAAUGACAGCUGGAUCUUUGCUUUGGCCAUACUUCUGAGCAGCACCUUCGUGUACAACAGCAUGGGUACCAUCAACCAGCAGGCCAUGGACCAGCUGCACUAUGUGACAGAGCUGACAGACAGAAUCAGGGCAAAAUCCUCACCUGAGCAGAAUGAGGAGGACUCAGCUGAAUUUAUAAGCUUCUUCCCUGACUUCGUAUGGACUCUGAGAGACUUCUCCCUGGAAUUAGACAUUGAUGGGAAAUCUGUCUCAGCAGAUGAGUACCUGAUGAAUUCUCUAAAGCUAGUGCCAGGUACCGGUCACAAAGAAAAAAAUUUUAACCUGCCCCGGAUCUGCAUCCGCAAGUUUUUCCCCAAGAAGAAAUGCUUUAUUUUCGAUAGGCCAGCUCACAGAAAAAAGCUUUGCAAGCUUGAGACACUACAUGAUGAUGAGCUGGACUCCGAAUUUGUGAAACAAGUAGCAGAAUUCUGUUCCUACAUUUUCAAGCAUUCUAAGACAAAAACAAUUUCAGGAGGCAUCCAGGUUAACGGCCCUCGUCUCCAGAACUUGGUGCUGACCUAUAUCAAUGCCAUCAGCGGUGGGGACCUACCAUGCAUGGAGAACGCAGUCCUGGCCUUGGCCCAGAUAGAGAACUCAGCUGCAGUGCAAAAGGCCAUUGCUCACUAUGUCCAGCAGAUGAAUCAAAAGGUGCAGCUUCCCACAGAUACCCUCCAGGACCUGCUGGACCUGCACAGGGUCUGUGAGAAAGAGGCCAUUGAAUUCUUCAUCAAAACUUCCUUCAAAGAUAUUAACCAAACAUUUCAAAAGGAAUUGGCGGCUCAGCUGGAAAAAAAGCGAGAUGAGUUCUGUACAAAGAAUAUUAAAGCAUCUGCAGAUCGUUGCUCAGCUUUAAUUCAAGAAAUUUUCAGCCCUCUAGAAGAAGAAGUGAAACAAGGAACCUAUUCUAAACCUGGAGGUUAUCGUUUCUUUACUCAGCAGUUACACGAACUGAAGAAAAAGUACCAAGAGGAACCUGGAAAGGGAGUUCAGGCUGAAGAGAUUCUGCAGCAGUACUUACAGUCUAAGCAAAAUGUGAGUGAUGCACUCCUACAAACAGACCAGACUCUGUCUGAAAAGGAAAAGGAGAUUGAAGUGGAACGUGUGAAAGCUGAGGCUGCACAAGCGUCGGCAAAAAUGUUGGAGGAAAUGCAAAGGAAAAAUCAGCAGAUGAUAGAACAGAGUGAGAGGAGUCAUCAAGAGCAUGUGAAACAGUUGACUAAGAAGAUGGAGAGGGAAAGGAAAGAGUUGGUGGAACAGCAAGAGAGGACCAUUGCUCUGAAACUUCAGGAACAGGCCCGAAUACUAAAAGAGGGAUUUCAAUCAGAGAGCAGACAGCUUCAUAACGAGAUACAGAAUCUCCAGAAGAAGCUGUCAGCACCAAAGCCUUUAUGUGUCAUAAGUUGAAGACCUAAAGAGUACAUUAUUUUUUUU